AUGUCUGCCCAGGCCUUGAACAAGAUCGCGCCCAACUCGCCUUCGCGGGCCAAGCCCAGCGAGGUGGAGACCAACAUCGCCACUGCUCUCUUCGACCUCGAGUCAAACGUCCCCGACAUGCGUUCCGCGCUCCGUCCCCUGCAGUUUGUGUCUGCGCGUGAGAUCGACGUCGGACACGGACGCAAGGCCAUUGUCAUCUUCGUCCCCGUCCCCCUCUUGGUCGGAUGGCACCGCUCCCAGCAGCGCCUCACCCGCGAGCUUGAGAAGAAGUUCUCGGACCGCCACGUCAUCAUUGUCGCGUCCCGCCGCAUCUUGCCCCGCCCAAAGCGCUCCAACCGCAGCCGCACCUCGCAGACCCAGAAGCGCCCACGUUCGCGUACGCUGACUGCUGUCCACGAUGCCAUCCUCGCCGACCUCGUCUACCCCGUCGAGAUUGUCGGCAAGCGCAUGCGCACCAAGGAGGACGGCUCCAAGGUCCUCAAGGUCCUGCUGGACGAGAAGGAGCGUGGCGGCGUCGACUACCGUCUCGACACCUACUCUGAGGUCUACAAGCGUCUGACCGGCAAGGGUGUCAACUUCGAGUUCCCCCAGGUCGCUGCCGACUUCCAGUAG